AAGAAGAAGGACGCGACGAGAACCAAUCAGAUUGUUUAAAAUCCGGAAAUAGCGCAAGUUUGAAUCUUGGGCGGCGCUGAGUUUUGGCACGUAGGUGGAUAUAACGUCAGGUUUAUAACGUAAGAGCGAGGACGCCGCGCUAACGUCACCUGGAUAAAAUGGAGCGCAGCCUGCACAGCCUUCUUGCUGGACUCUCUGUACAGAUCAGUCGAAGUGAUGGACGGGUGCAUCUGGCCACGGUGAUAUCCGUUGAUGCCGUCAAGUCCACGGCCAUGGUGGAGUGGCAAGAGAGGAAGACCUGCCGAGGAAAGGAGGUCGACGUGAGUGAGUUAUAUACACUCAAUCCAGAGCUCUUGGACCAUAUAAACGCUGUCACCAACAAAGCUACUGACACACCCCUUCCUGCUCCAGACAAGAAGUACGAAGGUCGACUGCGCUCAUCCAGGAUUCCUGCCCCUGCCUCCUCCUCUGCUCCAGCAGUCACCAAUGCUGAAGAGUCAGUUGCCAGUCGAUCUCAGGUCAGGCAGACGUGUUUGUUCCAGGCCCCGGCCCCUGUUCCAGCACCAGUCCAGGCCUCUGUGUCUCCUCAGACAAACCCAGAAACAAUCCACCCUGAUCUCCCCUCUUCAUCAGUCCUCAGAAACUCUGCGAUUCCCAAUCAGCCGAACAGAAAGAAUGAGGUCAAAUCAGCAUUGUCGCUUGCCCGUGAGGCAAUCAAGGAAAAUGAACCAGAGAGAAUGCCCCCGCCGCCUGCAGUCAAAGGCAGAAGAAAAACUGUGGCUCCCCAAGAGCUAAACAAAGGCAGCAAAAGGCUCUCUUGUGUUGCAAAGCCCCCCGACAUGCAAACCAAGAGGGGAAAGUUUGGAGAAGCUUCUCGACCAAACCAGAAGUUCUACGACAUGAUCCAGGACUUCAGAGAGACCUUGGAAGUAACCCCGUUAUCAACUAAUAACCGUAUUGAACCGCAGAAGAUUUGUGUGUGCGUUCGGAAGCGGCCACUUAACAAGCAAGAGAUUAUUAAAAAGGAGAUAGAUGUGGUGUCUGUACCAGGGAAGGGUGCUCUGCUGGUUCAUGAGCCAAAACAGAAGGUGGACCUUACCAAGUACUUGGAAAACCAAGUCUUCCAGUUUGACUAUUCCUUUGAUGAGACCACCACCAAUGACCUGGUCUACAAGUUCACAGCUAAACCUUUGGUGCAGUCAGUUUUCGAAGGUGGCAUGGCAACCUGUUUCGCUUAUGGCCAGACAGGGAGUGGGAAGACUCAUACGAUGGGCGGGGAUUUCAUAGGGAAGCAGCAGAACAGCACUAAAGGAAUCUACGCCUUGGCAGCCCAGGAUGUUUUCACCUAUCUCAACCACAGGAGGUAUGCUAACCUGGAGCUCUCUGCUUACGUCAGCUUCUUUGAGAUUUACAAUGGAAAGGUGUAUGACCUGCUGAACAAGAAGGCCAAGCUCAGAGUUCUGGAGGAUGACCGUCAGCAAGUUCAGGUUGUAGGUCUGGAGGAGGUCUACGUGUCCACAGCAGAGGAGGUGAUCAAGAUGAUACAGAUGGGCAGUGCAUGCAGAACAUCAGGCCAGACCUCUGCCAAUGCCAACUCAUCCCGCUCUCAUGCCAUCCUCCAAAUUGUCCUGCGACGCAAUGACCGCGCCAACACGCUGCAUGGCAAAUUUUCACUGGUCGAUUUGGCCGGCAACGAGCGCGGCACGGAUGUCAGCAGCAACGAUCGUAGCACUUUGGUUGAGACUGCCGAGAUCAACCGCAGCCUGCUGGCUCUCAAGGAGUGCAUACGUUCACUGGGAAUGAACAGUGAUCACAUUCCUUUCCGGAUGAGCACUUUGACCAAGGUCCUCAGGGAUUCCUUCAUUGGAGAAAAGUCCAGGACCUGCAUGAUCGCCAUGGUCUCACCAGGCAUGGCGUCAUGUGAAUAUACAAUGAACACACUACGUUACGCUGACAGAGUGAAGGAACUGAAUGGCAAUUCCCAAACCAGUGGAGCAGCUAAGGCACAAGAGCCUAUGGACAGCUCCACAGAGGAGGAAUCAGUUGUGGAUAGCAGUGUGUAUGACGCCAUGGCACGAGUGGCAGAGCUGGAGGAGAAAGCUUUUGUAGAGCUCAAGGGGGUCGAUGAUUUUGUCAAGGCGAUGGCGCAAACCUCGUACAACAUCAAGGAAGGACUUCCCGACCUGGUGGCUCAUUCCCGGAAGAUACUGGACACGUUACUGGCUUUGCAGUCUGCAGUGGAGCAGGAAAGCCUGGCGAUGAUGAAACACUGAGACGAACCCACCCAGAGUUUGUUUAAUAAAAGCGUUUGUUGUUAAGCUAUUCGCUUUUUGAUUUUAUUGUAUUAAUGAUUUCAUUAAAGAACAUUUAUCCAGACACUAUCUCGUUAAAAAUGUUGCAAGUCUUGUAAGAAGCCACUUUUGGUUUAGUCUUGUGUUUAGGAACUAUGUUGUUUGAUAGAGCACUUCUCCUCGCUGUGGAUGUUUUUAACAUGAGCAAAUGCUAUGUAAGCAGUUCUACUAAAAACAGUAAAUGUUUAAAUCAUUUUUUUUAUUAAUAAAAACACAAAGCUCCUUUCAGUAGCAUUUAUUUUGUCAGGCAUUUAAAAUUAGAUAAUGUGCAUCAUCGAUAACCAGUAACUGUGUGGCAUGUGUACUUUUUAUUUUAUUUUUUUUAAGGGAAGCACAGCCUUUAAUCUUUGGGCUGAAAUAAAUUCAUCAUUGAACACUG